CUUGCGCUCUAAUUAUUUCUUACCCGUGCCGCAUCCCGCACGACUCGAAAAAGGAUAGAUAUAUUACAUAACUCCACGCAGUUGUCAUCGUUAUUUUGCCGUAAAACCCGAAAUAACGGCCAACAUGUCGCAAGGCGCGCCGUUUCGACCCAUGAAGUACCCGUACACCGUGUCCGCGAAGAUCGCUCAGUUCCCAUACAAAUAUUACAUUAAGCACAGCUGGCUGUUCAGAUACAUGCUGGUAGCCACGGUCGUGACGAUGCCGUUCUUCUAUAAAGUCGAAAAACUAUCGUACGCUCCCGAGAAUGUUGCGAAGUGGGAAAAGACCCAUCGAGAAAUGUUCGAGGGCACCGGCCACCAUUGAGACAAAAGACCUUAGAAAUGAUGUACGCUGAGAAAUUGUAAUCCUUUCUCUGUCCAAUUAGAAGAAAUAAAUCCUUAAUCGCA